CCAAACUAAAAUCAAAGUAAUAUACUUUCUAAUAUACUCUCUCAAAUACUCAAAACACUUUCUCCAUCACCUCUUUAAAACUUUCCUUUCAACACAGAAUAGCUUUGAGAUUUUGGAUCCAACUAUUUUUCCAAGUUUUACUCGGCCCCUUCAGCCUCUCCACAUAAAGCCAAGAACUCUACUGCGUACUAAUGGCCGGAAAACUCAUGCAGGCUCUUCAGUAUGACUCUUACGGCGGUGGCGCUGCCGGUUUAAAGCAUGUCCAAGUCCCGGUACCAUCACCAAGGCACAACGAGGUUUUGCUAAAAGUAGAAGCUACUAGUAUAAACCCUAUCGAUUGGAAAAUUCAAAAAGGAACGGUUCGGCCUUUUCUGCCCCGCAAGUUCCCUUUCAUUCCUGCUACUGAUGUUGCUGGAGAGGUCGUUGAGGUUGGAACAGGAGUCAAGAAUUUAAAGGCGGGUGACAAAGUUGUUGCGAUUCUCAGCCAUCCGACUGGAGGUGGACUUGCUGAAUUCGUAGUUGCAGAUAAGAAACUGACCGUGAAAAGGCCCCUAGAAGUGGGAUCAGCUGAAGCAGCCGCUAUGCCUGUGCCAGGUCUAACAGCUCUUUAUGCUCUAACUCAUCAUGCGGGGUUGAAACUGGAUGGCACAAGCAAGCAGGCGAACAUCCUGAUCACAGCAGCAUCUGGUGGGGUUGGCCACUAUGCAGUCCAGUUGGCAAAGCUUGGGAAGGCUCAUGUCACCGCCACAUGUGGAUCCCGAAACAUAGACUUUGUCAAAUCUUUAGGAGCGGACGAGGUUCUCGACUACAAGACUCCAGAAGGAGCCACCCUCAUGAGUCCGUCGGGUAAGAAAUACGAUGCUGUGAUCCAUUGCGCAACCAGUAUCCCAUUUUCGACAUUCGAACCAAAUUUGUCCACAAACGGGAAGGUGAUAGAUAUCACGCCAGGGCCUAGUGCCAUAUGGACUUAUGCAGUUAAGAAAGUAACCAUGUCGAAGAAGCAAUAUGUGCCACUCUUUUUGAUCCCAAAAUUAGCUGAGGAUUUGGAGUUUUUGGUGAAUCUAGUGAAAGAAGGGAAAAUGAAGACCGUGAUUGACUCGAAGCACCCUCUAAGCAAAGCCGAGGAUGCUUGGGCCAAAAGUAUUGAUAGCCAUGCUACUGGGAAGAUUAUAGUCGAACCAUGAACAUUUUGCCUUCUUUGAUUGUCUGUGAUUGUAAUUUGUCAAAAAUAUAACUUCAAAGUUUGUUUCCCCUUUUGGAACAAUGUGGAAUUUGAUUACCAAAAACAAUCGGCGUUGAAAGUGAUAUGAUGUUAAUAUGUACUA